AUGACGGCUAAAGGAGGAGAGAACACAUGUGAUGCUUUGGUGCAACAGAUGAAAGUGCAACACGUGAAGGUGAAAACCUUCGACGACUAUGAGAUUGCCGUUCCUCGAGAUCAGAUCGAUUACACCACAGACCUCAAGGCACUUGUGGAUUUUAACCCCGACUACAUGUUGAUCACAAUGAAAGGAAACCAGGUCGUUGAAGUUUUACAAGAGAUAGUGGAGUUGGAUGGGAAGACGGUGGUCGUGACACUCAAUGGCUAUCACAAUUCGGAACUUGUUCGAGUCGCAUUGCCAAACACAAAGAUCAUCGAAGGCAUGAUCAUGCAAUCCAUCUAUCACCUCUCCGAUUGUCAAUUCGUUCAAGAAUCCGAGGGUUUCAUCUACCUCCAACCCACGCCCGACACUCCUCCCAUCCAACAAAUCUUCCAACAAUCUCAACUCACCGUUUACAUAUGCAACCACAUAAAGAGCUUCAUGUACGGCCAUCUAGUCAUGAAUCUCGCUGAUGCCAUAGUGGCUUUGAGCGGAUUACCUUUCGCGCAGUUUAUCAAAAGUAAAAGGUGGCGAAGGAUAUUGGCAUCAUCCAUGUGGGAGGCAUUUGAGGUGUUUAAACAUCACAAGAUCGUGCCUCUCGUGCCGGCGAGUAGGUUACCGUCUUUUUUGAACACCUCUUUAUCUUUACACUUGCUUCCUUACCUGUUGCUGUCCCCUAAUUGGGUAUUAAACUCGGUGGUAAUUAAUCUACUGAGGAGCGAUCCCGUUUCCGUGUCAUCAAUGUCCAGGGACUUUAAGCAAGGUCGUAAAACCGAGAUUGAAGAAUGGCAAGGAGAAAUCGUCAAAUUGGCAGGUGCUCGCGGAUCGGUUAAGACCACAUAUAAUGGCGGCGUGUAUAGGUUGGUGAAGUUGGUGGAGAAAUCGAUGACAGAGGAGAAAGAUGGUUGGAAGGUUGCUUUCACUAGGGAGGAAGUAAUUGGUUACAUUGAACGCGGGACCAUACCCAUCUGCUUAACCUAA